AUGAAUCAGCCUCAACGAAGUCUUUCAAAUUUAGGAAUGUCCAAAUCCCAUUAUAUACCUGAAUAGAAUAGAACAUCCAGUGCGUUUUAUAAAAGAGAGGACCAAAGUCGAUUGGAUUAGUAGUUGGCAAGAUAUGAGGAAUUCAAGAGGAAUUACAAGCGAAAUGAAUUACAAUAUUCUUAUUACCAGCAGUAACCCAGGGAUUUGAAUUAAUCCUUAGUGGAAGAACGGUACUAGAAUUCCUAUAAUUACCGACCGAAUUAUAAUAAUAAGCAUUUAUAAACGCAGCAAUACGAAUACGACAGAGACGUUUACAAAAAGGAAAUAAAAUAAGAUUCUCCAAUCAAAGUGGAACUAAGUUACACUGCCCCUUCUGGUGUCUAAAGAGGAGUGAUUUCAGACUCAGCUGCUUAUUUGAGGGAAAGGGAGAAAAUUAUGAAUUCGUUUAUGACACAAUAAGAAAUUGAAAGAAUUAAAAGAAUUUACUUAAGGAAAUGA